AUGUGGCUGAUAAUUUGGGCAAACGAACGUUCGAGGGAAAUCGACCACGACUUGACAAGUGUGGGCAGUUGGCACACGACCGGUUGGCAAGUCAAGGAAGGCAGCUCGAUGUGCGGGCGUGCUAAAGACCGUGUGGGCAAAGAACUAGCAAGUGACGGGCAAGAUAUUGUGGCCUCGGAAGAAAUACUACUUCCGGACGACAAGCGAUGGCCGUUUCUCUUACGUUUCCCCAUCUCCUCGUUCGGUAUCUGCCUCGGUGUCAGCAGUCAAGCAAUUAUGUGGAAAACCCUAGCUACUGUCAAAUCGGUGAAGUUCCUCCAUGUGGACCCGACUAUAAGUUCGAUCCUCUGGUUCGCAUCCAUAGCUCUUACGGUGGUCGUUGCUAUCGUCUACGCCCUAAAACUCAUCUUCUACUUCGAAGCCGUUCGCCGCGAGUACUACCACCCGAUAAGAGUCAACUUCUUCUUCGCCCCAUGGAUUGCCCUCCUCUUCCUCGCCCUCGGGGCCCCACCAGAAGUUUCUAGAACCUUCCAUGUAUCAAUGUGGUACAUUCUUAUGACCCCGAUUUUCGUCUUGGAGCUCAAGAUCUAUGGCCAGUGGAUGUCGGGUGGGCAGAGGAGGCUCUCCAAGGUGGCGAACCCGUCGAACCAUCUCUCGGUCGUCGGUAAUUUUGUCGGCGCUUUGCUUGGUGCUUCGAUGGGGCUCAAAGAAGGGCCGAUUUUUUUCUUUGCCGUUGGAAUGGCUCACUACACCGUAUUGUUCGUCACUCUUUAUCAGAGACUUCCGACGAAUGAGACAUUGCCUAAGGAGCUCCAUCCGGUUUUCUUCCUCUUUGUGGCCGCGCCGAGCGUCGCAUCCAUGGCGUGGGCCCGCAUUCAGGGGUCGUUUGAUUACGGGUCCCGCGUAGCUUACUUCAUCGCCAUGUUCCUUUAUUUCUCACUGGCCACACGUGUAAAUUUCUUCCGAGGCUUCAACUUCUCGUUGGCGUGGUGGGCCUACACUUUUCCGAUGACUGGAGCUGCCAUUGCGACCAUAAGGUACUCCGACGAGGUAACAAACGAUGUGACCAAGAGUUUGGCCUUGAUCCUCUGUAUCAUAUCUACACUCACUGUGGGAGCAUUGCUUGUGACUACUAUAAUCCACGCAUUUGUGCUAGGAGAUUUGUUUCCCAACGAUAUAUCGAUUGCUAUAACUGAUCAGAGGAAACGUAUAACGACACGAAGAUGGUAUCAUAAGAGAUCUGGCAGCUCAGAUGCCAACACUGCGCCGCAGUUCCUUAAGUACUCGAGUUCGGAUGGCGGGAAAGAUAUUGAGGCUUCUGCUGCAAAAGACGGGCCGAGCAAAGAAUCAAGAAUCGUGAUUUGAUUACAGUGUAAAAUGUCUUAGAGUUUUAGGAGUACUUGUGAACUUGAGGAAAAUGAGGUUUUGGUCAGUGGGAGGAUUAGUUAAUUAUUAUUAUUAUUUUUUUGAAAAUGUGAAUGUUAAUACUAAAGAUUUCAUAGCUAUAUAUAUUGCUAGAAUUGGCCUCGAAUUUUAGCCCAAAAAAAAAUUUCACGCGAAAAAAGGGGACUCUGUAUUUAUUCAUAAAGUAAAUUACAUAUUUUUCGUUUGUAAUUUGUGUGGUUGAUUUGUUUAA